GUUGUAAACCAAACACAGCUCUUCAAGUCUUAUUCUCAGUAAAGAUCCAACAUGGCUGCUGCUGCACUCGUCACAGAGAACUUUAAGUUUGUGUCCCUCUUCUUCAAGAGUAAAGAUGUGAUGAUCUUCAAUGGUCUGAUCGCUCUGGGGACUGUGGCCGGUCAGACUGCGUACAGCGUGUUCGCCUUUAACUGUCCGUGUGCGUCUGGGAGGAACUACGUCUACGGCCUGGCUGCCAUUGGUGUUCCAGCACUGGCGUUUUUCCUCGUUGGAAUAAUGAUGAACAAGAGCACCUGGGACCUGGUGUUCGAGUGUCGGCUCAGGAAGUGCCGAAAGCUGUCGGGAGCCAGCGCCUUUGCGCUGCUGGGGACCAUCAUUGGUCGAGCUGUUGUGGCUCCACUGACGUGGGUGGUCAUCUCUUUGUUGAAGGGCCAGGUGUACACAUGCGCCCUCAGUGAGUUUGUCAACAGCAGUACACUGGAGAACUUCCCCUCAGAUCAGGGGUCAGAGGUCAUGGCAAAAUUGCCAUGUCAAGCAAGUGGCCCAGCAGAGCUACAAGGCUUCUGGGCUGAAAUUGAGCGUCGACUGAAAUAUGAAUCUCAGCUGAUUGGCUGGCUGCUGGUGGCAGGGAUGUCUCUGAUGGUCUUCCUGAUCCUGUGCAUGAAGCGCUGCUCCUCUCCACUGGGCUACCUGCAGGAGGACUACUGGUCCCAGUACCGCUCUAAUGAGAAUAACCUCUUCCAGCGCACGGCGGCGGUCCACGCCCACCUCCUGGCCGCAGAGAACGUGAAGCGCUUCUUCGGCUUCGUGGCACUGGAGAAGGAGGAGAAGGAGCAGCUGGCUGAACACCAGAGUGCUAGUCCUAUCUGCAGCACUGAGUGGAACAGAGUGACCGGCGUCUACCUCUACAGGGAGAAGAGCGGACUGCCUCUGUACAGCAGGCUCAACAAAUGGGCCACGUACAGUCUGGAGAACAAUGUGGAGGCCAUGGAGAAAGAGAUGGACGUGCUCAGUUGAGAGCAUUCGUCAGUACAGUGGCCAGUGACUGUGACCGUGAAGGUGUCAAUACGCACAAUAUUUUUGACUUGUUAAGCCUUGAAGUGAGGUCCACCAGUGCAGUGUCAGUUUACCAUCAGGUUUCAUGGAGCCCACUAAUAACCUCUGUAACUCUGUUAAGAUCAUUGCUUUAAAGUCAUGUUGUAGUUCAGUGUCAGUAAAAGCAAAUACAGAGUCCAAACCGUCAUAUGGUGACCUGCGUAAUGUGGAAAAUGAUUCAUUUUCAUAAUUUAUGUUUUAAAUUUAAAGCUACUUAAGAAUUUU